AUGAUAUACAUUUUUUUGUAUUGUUUCUUGGUUUUUGAGUUGAUUCUGGCCUUUUUUCUUAAUCUGUCACUAUUUUUUCUGCCAUGUUUUCAGCUUUACCAGCUGUUUAUUUUUAAUCACUCUUAUUUUAUAGAUGAGAGUACUUUUCUCCCUGAGGAAAGGUUUUCCUAGUCCUCUUUCUUCAUUUUGGACUAGACGUCAUCUAGACAUGUUGCAUGUUGCUCAGUGUUAACUGGACCUUUAUUCUUUCUUAAGUGACUUCCUUGUUUUAAUGCAGUGAAUCCAUCACAUAAAUUUCUAGGAAAUUUCUAGGAAAGAAUAUGUAGGAGAUAAUUUUUUUUUUAAUCCUGGCAUAUCUGAAAAACUCUUUGUUAACCCUUAUAGUUGAGUGGUAUUAUUUUAUUCAAGCCAAAAUAAGUUGCAAACUAUUUCCCCUCAGAGCUUUUGAAGACAUUGCUCAGAGAUAUUCUAGUAUCCAUUGUUGCUGCUGAGGAGAAGUCUGAUACAUUGUGAUUCUUGUUCCUUUCUGAGUAAUGUGUUUUGUCAUUCUCCAUGGAAACUCCUUAGAGCUCUGUUUGUCCUUUCUAAAUUGAAAUUGCUCAGGGAUACCUGGCUGGCUCAGCUAGUGGAAUGUGCAGCUCUUGGUCUUGGGGUUGUGAGUUUGACCCCCAUGUUGGAUGUAGUGAUAACUUAAAAAUAAAAUCUUUAGGGGUACCUGGGUGGCUCAGUUGGUUGAGCAUCUGACUUAGGCUCAGGUCAUGAUCUCGUGGUUUGUGAGUUCGAGCCCCACGUUGGGCUCUGUGCCGUUGGGCUCUGUGCGGACAGCUCAGAGCCUGGAGCCUGCUUCAGAUUCUGUGUCCCCCUCCCUCUCCGCCCCACCCCUGCUUGUGCUCUGUGGCUCUCUGUCUUUCAAAAGUGAAUAAACAAAAAAAAAAAAUUAAAAAAGGAUAAAAAAUAAAAUAAAAUCUUUAAAAAAUAAGUUGAAAUCUGUAAAAGAUGUCUACAUGUGUUUUUUUCCAUUAUUAAACUAUAACGACUAAUGUUUUGUAGUUCUUGGAAAUACUCUUAUUACUUUAAUUAUCUCUUCAUUUUCCUUCUGUAACUUCUUUUAAAUUUUAUUUAUUUUUUAAUGCAGGUAUAAUUAGUGUGCAGUGUUAUGUUAGUUUCAGGUGUUCUGUGUAAUAAUUCAACAGUUAUGUACAUUACUCAGUGCUCAUCAUGAUAAGUGUGCUUUUAAUCCCCUAUUUCACCUGUGCCUCUCACAUGCUUCCACUCUAGGGGUUUGUUCUCAAUAUUUAAGAGUGUGCUUUUGUUGUUGUUGUUGUUGUUUGUUUGUCUCUUUCUUCUUUGUUUCGUUUCUUAAAUUGCACAUAUGAGUGAAAUUGUAUGGUAUUUGUCUUUCUCUGGUUUAUUUCACUUAGCAUAAUAUCCUGUAGAUCCAUCCAUGUUGCAAAUGGCAAGAGUUCAUUUUUUUUUUUUUAAUGGACUAAUAAUGUUCUCUUGUAUUUAUGUGCCACAUCUUAUCUGUUUUUUGAUGGGUGGACACUGGGGUUGUUUUCAUAUCAUGGCUAAUUGUCAGUAAUGCUGCAAUAAACGUUGAGCAUAUAUCAUUUCAAAUUAGUGUUUUUUUUGUUUUCUUUGGGUAAAUAUCCAGACAAUAAUGGAAUUAUGGAAUCAUAUGGUAAUUUCAUUUUUAAUUUUUUUGAGGAACCUCUGUAGUGUUUUCCCCAGUGGCUGCACCAGUUUGCAUUCCAUGCCCACCAACAGUGCUUGAGGGUUCCUCAACAUUUGUUGACUUUUCUGGUUUUGAUUUUAGACAUUCUGACAGUUGUGGAGUGAUACGUCUUUGUGGUUUUGAUUUGCAGUUCUCUGAUGAUGAGUGAUGUUGAGUAUCUUUUCAUGUGUCUGUCGGCCAUCUCUAUGUCUUCUUUGGAAAAAUAUCUAUUCGUAUCUUCUGCCCAUUGUUAAAUUGGAUCUAUUUGUGUUUAUUUUGGUCUUGAGUUGUGUAAGUUCUUUAUAUAUUUUGGACAUUAACCCUUUAUCAAAUAUAUCAUUUGUGAAUACCUUCUCCCAUUUUGUGGGUUGUCUUUUUGUUUUAUUAAUGGCUUUUUUCACUGUGCAAACACUUCAUAUUUUGGUGUAGUCCCAAUUGUUUCUUUUGCUUUGGUUUCCCUUGCUUCAGGAGACAUGUCUAGAAAAUUUUUCUAUGGCUAAUAUCAAAUAAAUUAUUGCCUAAGUUAUCUUCUAGGAAUUUUAUGGUUUUAGGUCUCACAUUUAGGUCUCAUCCAUUUUGAGUUUAUUUCUGUAUAUGGUAUAAGAAAGUGGUCCAGUUUCAUUCUUUUGCAUGUAGCUGUCCAGUUUUCCCAAUAGCAUUUGUUGAGGAGACUGUUUUCCAUUGUAUAUUCUUGCCUCCUUACAUGGAUUGAUUGACCAUAUAGUUGUGGGUUUACUUCUGGGUUUUCUAUUCUGUUCUGUUGAUCACUGUGUCUGUUUUUGUGCCAGUACCAUACUGUUUUGAUUACUACAGCUUUGUAGUGUAUCUUGAAGUCUGAGAUUAUGAUAUCCCCAGUCUUGUUCUUUUUCAGUAUUGUUUUGGCUCUUUGGGGUCUUUUGUGGUUCCAUAUGAAUUUUAGGAUUGUUCCAGUUCUGUGAAAACUGCUAUUGUUAAUUUGAUAGGGAUUUAUUGCAUUAACCCUAUAGUUUGCUUUGGGUGGUAUGGACAUUUUAACAGUAUUUGUUCUUCCAGUCCGUCAGCCAGCAUAGAAUAUCUUUCCAUUUGUGUCAUCUUUAAUUUCUUUCAUUAGUGUUCUACAGUUUUUGGUGUACAGGUCUUUUGCCUUCUUGGUCAAGUUUAUUCCUAGCUAUUUUAUUAUUUUUGGUGCAAUUGUAAUGGGAUUCUUUUUAUAAUUUCGCUUUCUGCUGAUUAUUAGAGUAUAGAAGUGCAACAGAUUCCUGUAUGUUGACUUUGUAUCCUGUGACUUUACUGAAUCCAUUUAUCAGUUCUAGUAGUGUUUUGCUCGGAUCUUUAGGGAUAUGUGUAUAUAGUAUCAUGCUGUGUGCAAAUAGUGAAAGUUUUACUUCUUCCUUACCAAUUUGGAUACCUUUAUUUUCUUUCUAUAACUCCUUUUAGUUGGUUGUUGGACUUCCUGAAUUAGCUCCUGCCCCCUUCCCCCAUCCUGUUGUCUCUUUGUUCUGUCCUUGUGGGUAUUUCCUCUGUUCUUAGACUUCAAUUUUAGUUUGGCAGUCAUAUCUUAAAUCUUCAGGAAUUCUCUCUCCCUGUACCCCAAUACCAGCCAUUCUUUUCUCAUUUUAUGGGUUCAUAAUCUUCUUGGAUCUCUUUGAAAUGUUUUUAUUUUUAAUUUUUGUUUUUUUUAAAGGGGGAAUUCUUUUUUUAUUUUUUUUUUUAACAUUUACUUAUAUUUGAGACAGAGAGAGAGAGACAUAGCAUGAGCAGGGGAGGGGCAGAGAGAGACGGAGACACAGAAUCUGAAACAGGCUCCAGGCUCUGAGCUGCCAGCACAGAGCCCAUUGUGGGGCCUGAACCCACCAACUGUGAGAUCAUGACCUGAGCCCAAGUCAGAUACUCAACUGAUUGAGCCACUCAGGUGCCCAAGAAUUCUUUUGUUUUUAAAUGUUUGUUUAUCUUGAGAGAGAGAGACAGAGAGAGAGAGAACACACACAAGCAGGGGAGGGGCAGAGAGAGGGAGAGGGAAUCCAUAGCAGGCUCAGCCCUGUCAGCACAGAGCCCGACUAGGGGCUUGAUCCCAUGAACUGUGAGAUCUGGACCUGAGCCAAAAGCAAGACUUGGACGACUUGGAUGCUUAAGUGCCUGAGCCACCCAGGCACUCCUAGGGUGACUUUUGUUUUUAUCUUGAUCUCAUUUAUAUUGUAGGCUUUUUCUCAAAUAGCUGCCGAUUCCUGGUAUCACUGCGAUUUAAGAGUUAGUGCAAGAGCUUGCUAUGAGACCUUGUCAUCAUUAAUUAAUGACAGGCUUUACUUCAGGGUGAAGCUGGUAAUUCUGCUUUUGUGUUCUGACAUUUAGGAGUCCACUGUUUUACCCCCAAGUGCCAACCCCCAUGCUAGGUCACUAGUCACUUCUCCCCAGCCCAUGAUUUCUUUUCUUUAGAAAAGACAUCUCCUUUUUUUAAGCAAUAUUUCUUUUUCUCGACGUGUUUUCAACUGCUGUUUAAAUAAUCUUGUAUGAAAGGGAGAUGAGUGUGUAUAGUUGAUCUGCUGUUUGAACCAGAGACUUUUUCUUUAGCUCUUAAACUGGACUAGACCAAAAACUAACAGGUAUUCAGAUACUUACUUAUACAGUGUUUCAGAAUGUGCUAGGUUGUAGAAGUAUUCUAGGAGCUUGAAGUUGCAUGCGAGGCUCUUUAGGAAAGAGAGUACCCACUGUGUGUGGGCUUUUUACAACAUUUGGAGGAUUAGGAAAGGUGUCACAAAAAACUCACGCAUGUGAUACACGCUGGUAAAAAUACUCAGCUGGGGAGAGCAUGACUUAAGUGAAAGGCCCCCUUCCCCUCUUCUUCAGCCCCAUAUUUCAGAGAUAAUUACUGGUAAGUCUCUUUUGUGUCCUCCUUGACUUCUGUGCAAAUGUGUUUCUCUUUGUCCAUAAUGUGCUCAUGUUCAGUUUUACACAGUUGGAUCAUUUGGCGUGUAUUGCUUUGUGAUUUGCUUUGGUCACCGGACAGUGUAGUUUUGGACAUUUUUCUGUUUUAGCAUGUACACAUCUCUCUCUCUCUCUCUCUCUCUCUCUCUCUCUCUCUCUCCAAAGGCUGCAUAAUAUUCAUCAGCCAUUAUGAAUCAAGUGCUUGCUUUAUUGCAAGGCAUAUUCUAGAUUCUGGGGAUUCAGUAGUAAACAAGAGAGACCAAGCCCUGGCCUUCAUGGACAAAAUUCAAUGGUGAGAGGUACAAAAUAAAUGCAUUCCUUGUCAUGAACUUCAGACCGUGGAAAAUGCUAUAAAGAAAAUACAUUAUAGUAAUGGUAUUGACAGUAUCUGCUGAUGUUGCUGGGAGAACAUGAGGUGUGUUGCCAGGGGUAGUCAGGAAGGUCUCCCUGCAGUAAGGACACUGAAAUAGACCCAAAUGAUGCAGAGGCAGUUGGGCGAAAAUUUAGGAAGAAUAGGGUUCAUUGUGAAGGCUCUUAGACGAGGAUGAGUGUUCAUACUCAAGGGACCCUCUUGCCUCCUGAAGUAAAAGGCUGAUGUUAUGGGACAGUGAGAAGUGAACUUAGAGGAGAUCACGUCUGAUAGGUAAGCAGGGGUCUGGUCGUACAGUGCCCUGCAUGCCGCGGUGAGGAGCAGGGUUUUGUUCUCAGUGCAGUGGAAGCUUCGGGAGGAUUUUAAAUGGGGGCUGGGGGGGACCAUUAAGGCUGUUGGAGUAAUCUUGGCAGGAAGGGCUUAGAGUCUGCUGGUGGUCGAGGAGAAGAGUGAUUAGGUUUUUUUGUGUGUUUUGAAAGCUAUUUGGAUAAGAUCUGCUAAAGGAUUUGAUGAGAGAGAGUGAGAAAAAGAAUUUAAGUUGUCUUCUAGGUUUUUGGCUUCGGCAGCUUGGGCAGACAGUAUUGUCAUGUCAUUAGAGAGCCUUGUGGAGAAACAGGUUUUAAACUAGAUUGGAGGUACCCUAAUUUAUUUAGCCAUUCCUUUAUUGAGGGUCAUUUUGUUGAUCUCUAGUUUUACUGCUAUCUUUGUACUCGUAGUGGACAUCCUUGUAUAUUUAUACUUGUGGGUAUAAUCUAGAAGAUAAAUUCCUAGAGGUAAAGUUCUCUGAUCGACGAGUGCAUAUGUUUUGGGGUGCCUGGGUGGCUCAGUUGAUUAAGCAUCUGACUCUUCAUUUCAGCUCAGGUCAUGAUCCCACGGUGCUGAGCUCGAUCCCCAUGUGGGGCUCUGUGCUGAGCUUGGAUCCUGCUUGUGAUUCUCUCUCCUUUUCCCUCUGACUCUCCCCAGUGGGUGCACGGGCGUGCAUGCUUGCAGUUCUCUCCCUCCCUACCUCCCUCUCAAAAAAAAAAAAAAAAAAAAAAAAAAAAAAAAAAAAAAGUGCAUGUUUCAAGUAGAUAACUGACCAAAUGCACUCCAAAAAUGAGGUAUUGACUUACAGUCCCACGACAGAGCAGGCGUUUUCUCCAACCGCAUAUGCAGAGCAGGGCAUACAUUUCCGAAAGUAGAAGAGAGAGUUCUAGUAGAAUUGUUUCUUUACUAUGUCAGUUCAGCACUCUGUUCCAAGAAUGAAAACCAGCACUUGUCCUGUCUCUUUCGGUGGUCCCUGAAGCCCCUAACACGCUUCUAGCCGUAGUCUCCUCGCCCUUCCAGCUUUAGGAAGCCCUUCGUCAUCGUUGUGGCGAUGAUCGACAGUAAAGACUGUUGCUCGUUUAAUGUGUGCCAGGCACUUUCUGAAGUGCUUCGCGUGAGCUGUGUUAAUUUAUUUAAUCCUCGCAACAGUCUAUAAAGUAAAUACUAUUAUUAUCUCCAUUUUUUUUUCAGUUGAGAAAACUGAAAAUUGUCUUUUCGUUUGAUCUUUUUCCGCCAGAGGAUGUCUUUCUGGAGGUUCAUGCUGGCUGCUGUGUCGCGAAGAGAAUGAAGGGGAUAAAGGUUGAAGCAGGCAUGGCCGUCACGAGAGCACUGCAGCAGCCGGGCCUCGAAGCAGAGGAAAAAUUACAGUGGAAGAUGAGGACAGCAUGGAUGGACUGGAGACAACAGAAACAGAAAAUAUUGUGGAAACAGCAGAAAUCAAAGAACAGUCUGCAGAAGAGGAUGCUGAAGCGGAAGUGGACAUCAGCAAACGGCCAGUCCCAGUCCUCGAGCGCUCGGUGUCUGAGGACUCUGCGAGCUCCCUGGUCUCUGUUGGUGUAGAAGUCAAAAUCAGUGAACAGCUCUGCGCUUUUUGUUACUGUGGUGAAAAAAGUUCCUUAGGACAAGGAGACUUAAAACAAUUUAGAGUAACGCCUGGGUUUAUCUUGCCGUGGAAAAGCCAGCCUUUUAACAAGAAGGACAUUGAUGACAGCAGCAAUGGAACCUGUGACAAAAUACAAAACUCAGCAUCACGAAAACAAAGAGGACAGAGAAAAGAACGAUCUCCUCUACAGAAUAUAGUAUCUUGUGUAAGUGUGAGCACGCAGACUGCUUCGGAUGACCAGGCUGGUAAAUUAUGGGAUGAACUCAGUCUGGUUGGCCUUCCAGACGCCAUUGAUAUCCAAGCCUUAUUUGAUCCUACAGGCACCUGCUGGGCCCAUCACCGUUGCGUGGAGUGGUCGCUGGGAGUGCGCCAGUUGGAGGGGCCGUCACCGGUGAGCGUGGACAAAGCUGUCGUCUCAGGGAGCACAGAGCGAUGUGCAUUUUGUAAGCACCUUGGAGCCACUAUCAAAUGCUGUGAAGACAAGUGCACCCAGAUGUACCAUUAUCCUUGUGCCGCUGGAGCUGGUACCUUCCAGGACUUCAGGAACUUCUUCCUUCUGUGUCCAGAGCACAUCGACCAAGCUCCUGAGAGAUCAAAGGAAGAUGCAAACUGUGCAGUGUGCGACAGCCCGGGAGACCUCUUAGAUCAGUUCUUUUGUACUACUUGUGGUCAGCACUAUCAUGGAAUGUGCCUGGAUAUAGCGGUUACUCCAUUAAAACGUGCAGGUUGGCAAUGUCCUGAGUGCAAAGUGUGCCAGAACUGCAAACAAUCGGGAGAAGAUAGCAAGAUGCUAGUGUGUGAUACGUGUGACAAAGGGUAUCAUACUUUUUGUCUUCAACCAGUUAUGAAAUCAGUACCAACCAAUGGCUGGAAAUGCAAAAAUUGCAGAAUAUGUGUAGAGUGUGGCACACGAUCUAGUUCUCAGUGGCACCACAAUUGCUUGGUAUGUGACAGUUGUUACCAACAACAGGAUAACUUAUGUCCUUUCUGUGGGAAGUGCUACCAUCCAGAAUUGCAGAAAGACAUGCUUCACUGUAAUAUGUGCAAGAGAUGGGUUCACUUAGAAUGUGACAAACCAACAGAUCACGAGCUGGAGUCUCAGUUCAAAGAAGAGUAUAUCUGCAUGUAUUGUAAACAUUUAGCUGCUGAAAUGGACCCCUUACAGCCAGGUGAUGAAGUGGAGAUGGCCGAAGUCACUACAGAUUGUAAUAAUGAAAUGGAGGUUGAAGGACCUGAAGACCAUAUGGUAUUUCCGGAGCAAGUAGUUAACGAAGACAUCAGUGGUCAGGAGUCCACACCUGGAAUUGUUCCAGAUGCAGUUCACAUCCAUACAGAAGAGCAGCUGAAGAGUAAUUCACCAGAAAGUCUCGACACACAUGAUCUUCUCAUUUCUGAAUCCUCCCAAGAUAAAAUGAAUCCUGCAUUGGAAAAUCAGAUUUCUCAAGAAGUCGAUAGUGAAAAAAUGGAAAUGUCUUCUAAAGUGAUGCAUAUUUGUGAUGAAAAUCAAAAUGAAAACAAAAUGGAAGUGACAGAAAACGUUGACGUCCUCACACACCAGAUCGCUGUGCGGCACGAGGAUCUGCAGCUAGAGGAACCCAAAAUGCUGGCAUCCGCAGAAGAAUCACGGCCUCCGAAAUUGUCCAUUGAAUCUGCCACUGGUCCCCCAGAGGCCCUAAGGUCCCCGUGUGAGGAAGGUACUUCUUUAUGUUCUAAGGAACAUUUGGCUGUAGAAAGGGUACCAGAAGUGAUGGAACGGAAAGAAAGUUCUGAAUCUUCCGCUGCGUUUAUGGACUUUGAAAUGGCCCCUGUAGUUGAGAGUUGUGUGAAAGAUGGUUUAUGCCAAGAAGACAAAUCUGUAAAAUUACCAUCGGAGACAGAGUUGUCAUUUUCGUCAGCGGCAGGCGUAAGCAAGGCAAAUGCGUCUUCCUCUCCACUCUCUUCAGACUUGCCUUCCCAGGACACACUGCAUAGCUACCCUUCAACCCUCAGUGCUUCUGUUGGAAACAUUAUGCCAACGACUUACAUCUCAGUCACUCCAAAAAUUGGCAUGGGUAAACCAGCUAUUACCAAAAGAAAAUUUUCUCCUGGUAGACCUCGGUCCAAACAGGGGGCUUGGAGUACCCAUAAUACAGUGAGCCCACCUUCCUGGUCCCCAGACAUUUCAGAAGGUCGGGAAAUUUUUAAACCCAGGCAGCUUCCUGGCAGUGCCAUUUGGAGCAUCAAAGUGGGCCGUGGGUCGGGAUUUCCGGGGAAGCGGAGACCUCGUGGUGCAGGACUGUCAGGACGAGGCGGCAGAGGCAGGUCAAAAUUGAAAAGUGGAAUCGGAGCAGUUGUGUUACCUGGGGUGUCUGCUGCAGAUCUUUCGUCGAAUAAGGAUGAAGAAGAAAACUCUAUGCAUAAUACAGUGGUGUUGUUUUCUAGCAGUGACAAGUUCACCUUGCAUCAGGAUAUGUGUGUAGUUUGUGGCAGCUUUGGCCAAGGAGCAGAGGGAAGAUUACUUGCCUGCUCUCAGUGUGGUCAGUGUUACCAUCCAUACUGUGUCAGUAUUAAGAUCACUAAAGUGGUUCUUAGCAAAGGUUGGAGGUGCCUUGAGUGCACUGUGUGCGAGGCCUGUGGGAAGGCCACUGACCCCGGAAGACUCCUGCUGUGUGAUGACUGUGACAUAAGCUACCACACCUACUGCCUCGACCCUCCUCUGCAGACAGUGCCCAAAGGAGGCUGGAAGUGCAAAUGGUGUGUGUGGUGCAGACACUGUGGGGCAACGUCUGCAGGCCUGAGAUGUGAAUGGCAAAACAAUUACACACAGUGUGCUCCCUGUGCAAGCUUGUCUUCCUGCCCCGUCUGCUAUCGGAACUAUCGAGAAGAAGAUCUUAUUCUGCAAUGUCGACAAUGUGACAGAUGGAUGCAUGCGGUUUGUCAGAACUUAAAUACUGAAGAGGAAGUGGAAAAUGUAGCCGACAUUGGUUUUGAUUGUAGCAUGUGCAGACCCUAUAUGCCUAUGUCAAAUGUGCCUUCCUCAGACGGCUGCGAAUCUUCACUUGUAGCACAGAUUGUCACGAAAGUGAAAGAGCUAGAUCCACCCAAGACAUAUACCCAGGAUGGUGUGUGUUUGACUGAAUCAGGGAUGACUCAGUUACAGAGCCUCACAGUUACAGUUCCACGAAGAAAACGGUCCAAACCAAAGUUGAAGUUGAAGAUUAUAAACCAGAAUAGUGUGGCUGUCCUUCAGACCCCUCCGGACAUCCAAUCAGAGCAUUCAAGGGAUGGAGAAAUGGAUGAUAGUCGAGAAGGAGAACUUGUGGACUGUGAUGGGAAAUCAGAAUCUAGUCCUGAACGGGAAGCUGUGGACGAUGAAACGAAGGGGGCGGAAGGAACAGAUGGUGUGAAAAAGAGAAAAAGGAAACCGUACAGACCAGGUAUCGGUGGAUUUAUGGUACGGCAAAGAAGUCGAACCGGGCAAGGAAAAACGAAAAGAUCUGUCAUUAGAAAAGAUUCUUCAGGCUCUAUUUCUGAGCAGUUACCUAACAGAGAUGAUGGCUGGAGUGAGCACUUACCAGAUACACUAGUUGAUGAAUCUGUUUCUGUUACUGAAAACACUGAAAAAAUAAAGAAGAGAUACCGAAAAAGGAAAAAUAAGCUUGAAGAAACGUUCCCUGCCUAUUUACAAGAAGCUUUCUUUGGAAAAGAUCUUCUAGAUACAAGUAGACAAAACAAGCUAAGUUCAGAUAAUCUAUCAGAAGAUGUGGCUCAACUUUCAUAUAAAACAAACACGAACACAGAUUUCUUGGAUCCUUCCUUAGAUCCACUACUUAGUUCAUCAUCAACUCCAGCAAAACCUGGAACCCGCGGUACGACUGAUGACCCCUUAGCUGAUAUUUCUGAAGUCUUAAACACAGAUGAUGACAUUCUUGGAAUAAUUUCAGAUGACCUUGCAAAAUCAGUUGAUCAUUCAGGUCUUGAUUUAUGCACUUUCCAGGUUGAGAGCUCACCUUUUCCAUUUGCCGGCAUAGAUAUUGGUCCUGUCGCUGAUGAUGCAUCGUCUUUGCCUCAGCCAAGUGUCAAUCCCACUUCACGACCACUAAGUGAAGAGCAGCUAGAUGGAAUCCUCAGUCCUGAGCUAGACAAAAUGGUCACAGAUGGAGCAAUUCUUGGAAAGUUAUAUAAAAUUCCAGAGCUUGGAGGGAAGGAUGUUGAAGACUUGUUCACCGCUGUGCUUAGUCCUGCGACCGCCCAGCCGACCCCGCUAGCACAGCCUCCCCCACCGCCUGCACCUCAGCUGCUGCCCAUACACAGCCAGGGUAUGUCACCUCUAGAAAAGUUCCAUGUGUUUUCGCGGAUGCCACUCAUGAAUGGCCUUAUUGGACCCAAUCCUCACCUCCCACAUAAUUCUUUGCCUCCUGGAAGUGGAUUGGGAACUUUCUCUACUGUAGCACAAUCCCCUUACACUGAUACCAGGGAUAAAAAUCCAGCAUUUCAUCCGAUGGCAAGUGAUCCUAACAGCUCUUGGACGUCAUCCGCUCCCACGGUGGAGGGAGAGAACGAUACAAUGUCAAAUGCCCAGAGAAGCACGCUGAAAUGGGAGAAGGAAGAGGCUCUGGGUGAAAUGGCAACAGUAGCACCUGUUCUCUACACAAACAUCAAUUUCCCCAGCCUGAAGGAGGAAUUCCCUGACUGGACGACGAGAGUGAAGCAGAUUGCCAAGCUGUGGAGAAAAGCGAGCUCGCAGGAAAGAGCGCCUUACGUGCAAAAAGCCAGAGAUAACAGGGCCGCUUUACGCAUUAAUAAAGUACAGAUGUCAAAUGAUCCCCUGAAGAGGCAGCAACAGCAAGACAGCAUCGAUCCUGGCUCUCGCAUUGAUUCGGACCUUUUUAAAGAUCCGUUAAAGCAAAGAGAAUCGGAACAUGAACAGGAAUGGAAAUUUAGACAGCAAAUGCGCCAGAAGAGCAAGCAGCAAGCCAAAAUCGAAGCCACGCAGAAGCUCGAACAGGUGAAGAACGAGCAGCAGCAGCAGCAGCAGUUUGGCGCGCAGCCCCCCGUGGCCCCGUCCGGCUCGGACACGCCGAGCAGCGGCAUACAGAGCCCCCUGACCCCCCAGCCUGGCAACGGGAACGCGUCUCCUGCGCAGGCGUUCCAUAAGGACCUGUUUGCGAAGCAGCUCCCCAGCGCCCCCUCGUCCGCGUCGUCAGACGACGUGUUCGUGAAACCGCAGGCUCCUCCCCCGGCUGCAGCCCCGGCCCGAGGCCCCCCCGUCCAGGAGAGUCUGUCACAGCCUCAGACCUGUCAGCCCCCCUCACCACAGGUGUUUUCAGCUGGGUCCGCUCACUCCCGGCCACCCUCCCCAGUGGAUCCUUAUGCAAAAAUGGUGGGGACUCCGAGACCACCUCCUGGGGGCCACGGGUUUUCCAGAAGAAAUUCCGCUGCCCUGGUGGAAAACUGUGCUCCUCUGCCCCCAGUCCCCAGGCCUGCUCCGGUGAGUGAGGCCACGGCAAAUAGGCCGUCCCCAGUCAGAGACUUCUGUGCUUCCUCCACGGCAAAUGGUGACCCCUAUGCAAAGCCUCCAGACACGCCCAGACCUACGAUGACCGACCAGUUUCCCAAGCCCUCGGGCCUCCCCCGGUCUCCGGUGGUUGCCGAGCAGACUGCAAAAGGCCCUCUAGCAGCUGGCACCAGCGAUCACUUCAGCAAACCGUCUCCCAGGGCAGAUGUGUUUCAGAGACAGCGGAUUCCUGACCCGUAUGCACGGCCCUUGCUGACACCCGCACCUCCCGACAGUGGCCCUGGGCCCUUUAAGGCUCCGAUGCAGCCCCCUCCACCUUCCCAGGAUCCCUAUGGGCAGGUGUCGCAGGCACCAAGGCGACUGUCUGUGGACCCUUAUGAGAGGCCUGCGUUCGCACCGAGACCUGGAGAUAACUUUUCUCACAGCCAGUCAAGUGGCCCAUACAGCCAGCCUCCCCUGACCCCACAUCCGGCAACAAAUGAGUCUUUGGCCCAUUCCUCAAGGGCUUUUUCCCAGCCUGGAACCAUGUCAAGGCCGACAUCUCAGGACCCGUAUUCCCAGCCCCCAGGGACUCCACGCCCUGUUGUAGAUGCUUACCCCCAACCCUCGGGAACAUCUCGCUCCAACCCAGACCCCUACUCUCAACCUCCUGGAACUCCCCGGCCCACCACGAUUGACCCCUACAGUCAGCAGCCACCAACCCCAAGGCCGCCUACACAAGCAGACUUGUUUGUGCCGCCGGCCGCUAACCAGAGGCAUUCGGACCCCUAUGCGCAUCCCCCUGGAACACCAAGACCUUACUCUCAGCCACCAGCAGCACCAAGGCCAAGGAUUUCAGAGGGUUUUCCUAGGUCCUCAAUGACAAGACCGGUCCUCAUGCCAAAUCAGGAUCCUUUCCUGCAAGCAGCACAAAAUCGAGGAGCAGCUUUAUCUGGUCCGUUGAUAAGGCCACCUGAUACAUGUUCCCCAAGUCCUAGGCCACCUGGACCUAGUCUUUCAGAAACUUUCAGCCGAGUUUCCCCGUCUGCUACUCGGGAUGCGUAUGAUCAGCCUCCAAUGACUCCAAGAACUCAGUCUGACUCUUUUGGAACAAGUCAAGUUGCCCAUGAUGUUGGUCAGUCAAGGCCUGGAUCAGAGGGGAGCUUCGGUGCGCCUUCAAACUCUCCAAUGAGUUCUCAGAGCCAACAAUUUUCCAGCGUCUCCCACCUUCCUGGACCUGUACCAACUUCCGGGGUCACUGAGACACAGAGUACCGUAAACAUGUCACAAGCAGAUACAGAGAAAUUGAGACAGCGGCAGAAGUUACGUGAAAUCAUUCUCCAGCAGCAACAGCAGAAGAAGAUGGCAGGUCGGCAGGAGAAAGGGUCCCAGGAUGCAGUAGCGGGGCCUCUUCCAGCGCCCCUGCAGCACUGGCAGCCGGACAGCAUCAGCCAGGCUUUUGCUAGGGCUCCGCCCCCCUAUCCCGGGAGCAUCAGAUCUCCUGUUGUCCCUCCUCUGGGACCUAGAUACGCAGUUUUCCCAAAAGAUCCACGCGGACCCUAUCCUCCUGAUGUUACUGGUAUGGGGAUGCGACCUCACGGAUUUAGAUUUGGAUUUCCAGGAGGUAGUCAUGGUACCCUGUCAAGUCAGGAACGCUUCCUUGCACCUCCUCAGCAAAUACAGGGGUCUGGAGCUCCUCCACAGCUGAGAAGAUCGAUGUCUGUAGACAUGCCGAGGCCUUUAAAUAACUCGCAAAUGAAUAACCCAGUUGGCCUCCCUCAGCAUUUUCCACCACAGAGUCUGCCGGUUCAGCAGCAUAACAUACUGGGUCAAGCUUUUAUUGAACUGAGGCACAGGGCGCCCGACGGAAGGCCGCGGCUGCCCUUCACUGCUCCUCCCGGCAGUGUUCUAGAGGCACCUUCUCAUCCAAGACAUGGAAACUUCAUUCCCCGGCCAGACUUUCCAGGCCCUAGACACGCAGAGCCCUUGAGACGACCUUCUCAAGGUCUGCCAACCCAGCUACCUUUGCAUCCAAAUUUGGAACAAGUGCCACCAUCGCAGCAAGACCAAAGCCAUCCCGCCCAUUCAUCUUCUAUGGUCAUGAGGUCCCUGAGUCAUCCCUUAGGUGGUGAAUUCCCAGAGGCCUCUUUGUCAACAUCUACACCAGCUGAAACAGCAUCUGAUAAUUUACAGAUAACCACCCAGUCUUCUGAUGGUCUUGAAGAAAAACUCGAUACUGAUGACCCAUCUGUAAAGGAACUAGAUGUUAAAGACCUCGAGGGAGUGGAAGUCAAAGACUUGGAUGAUGAAGAUCUCGAAAAUUUAAAUCUAGACACAGAGGACGGCAAGGGAGAUGAAUUGGACACUUUAGGUAAUUUGGAAACUAAUGACCCCAACCUGGAUGACCUCUUAAGGUCAGGAGAAUUUGAUAUCAUUGCGUACACGGAUCCAGAACUUGACCUAGGAGAUAAGAAAAGCAUGUUUAAUGAGGAACUAGACCUUAAUGUUCCCAUCGAUGAUAAGAUAGAUAAUCAGUGUGGGUCUGUUGAGCCAAAAAUGAAGGAGCAGGAAGACAAGACUGUGGUUCCUUCUGAUAAACCUUCUCCGUGGAAAAAAUCCACUGGUACCAGUGAGAUAAAAACAGAAGUACUGUCUCCGGAUUCUAAAGGGGAAGGCAGAUGUGAAAGUGAGAAAAGCAAUGAGAGUAAAGACCACGUCGGCACCCCCAGCUCACAGGCUUCAGCUCACACAGAUGUCAGUGACGGAGAAAAGGCUGUCCCGCAGCCCUGCGACACGGAUCUACUGGAGAAGAGACCCCCCCGAGAAGCCACUGGCUCCACCCCAGGUGUCCACGGCUCCACGCAGCUGCCUGCGGAAGACGUGAUAAACUCUUGCGGCAUAACCGCAUCAACUCCGGUUCUCUCGAGUUUACUUGCUAAUGAAAAAUCUGAUAACUCAGACGUCAGGCCCCUGGGGUCCCCGCCACCCACGCUGCCAGCCUCACCAUCCGGUCACGUGUCAAGUUUGCCGCCUCCUUUAAUGACACCGCCCGGGCACAUGUUGGAUAGUACCAUGAAUUCUAACGUGCCAGUAGUCUCUAGGGUAAACCAUACUUUUCCUCAGGGCCUGCAGGUAAAUCCAGGAUUCAUUCAAGGCCAGUCACCAGUUAAUCACGGUUUUGGGACCGGAAAACCUGCAAAUCAAACUGUGCCUCUCACGAGCCAGUCUGGACCCCAGCAGCUGAUGAUCCCUCCCACGUUAGCCCAGCAGAGUAGAGAGAGGCCCCUCCUUCUGGAGGAACAGCCUCUGCUUCUGCAGGACCUUCUGGAUCAAGAGAGGCAGGAGCAGCAGCAGCAAAGACAGAUGCAAGCUAUGAUUCGCCAGCGGGCAGAGCCGUUUUUCCCUAACAUCGAUUUUGAUGCAAUUACAGACCCUAUAAUGAAAGCCAAAAUGGUGGCCCUAAAAGGCAUAAAUAAAGUAAUGGCACAAAACAAUAUGGGCAUGCCACCCAUGGUUAUGAACAGGUUCCCCUUUAUGGGCCAGUCGGUGACCGGGGCGCAAACCAGCGAAGGCCAGAGUCUCCUCCCGCAGGCGAUGGCCCAGGAUGGCAGUAUAACACAUCAGAUUUCUAGGCCUAAUCCUCCAAAUUUUGGUCCAGGCUUUGUCAAUGAUUCACAACGUAAACAGUAUGAAGAAUGGCUUCAGGAGACCCAACAGCUUCUUCAGAUGCAGCAGAAAUACCUUGAAGAACAAAUUGGCGCGCACAGAAAGUCUAAGAAGGCCCUUUCCGCGAAACAACGUACCGCAAAGAAAGCAGGGCGGGAAUUUCCAGAAGAGGAUGCGGAACAACUCAAGCAUGUUACGGAACAGCAGAGCAUGGUUCAGAAACAGCUCGAACAGAUCCGCAAACAGCAGAAGGAGCAUGCCGAGUUGAUAGAAGAUUAUCGGAUCAAGCAGCAGCAGCAGCAGCAGCAGCAGUGUGCCAUGGCGCCGCCUCCCGUGAUGCCAGGGGUCCCGCCCCAGCCGCCCCUGGUUCCGGGUGCCCCCCCAGCUGCCAUGAGCCAGCCCAGCUUCCCCAUGGUGCCUCAGCAGCUGCAGCACCAGCAGCACGCGGUGAUUUCUGGUCACACCAGCCCUGCGAGAAUGCCCGGUUUGCCGGCGUGGCAGCCUGCCAGUGCUCCUGCCCACCUCCCUCUCAAUCCUGCCAGGAUCCAGCCUCCAGUUGCCCAGUUACCAAUAAGAACUUGCACGCCGGCGCCAGGGACGGUGUCCAGUGCAAAUCCCCAGAGUGGACCGCCCCCACGGGUGGAAUUUGACGACAACAACCCCUUCAGUGAGAGUUUCCAGGAACGAGAGCGGAAAGAACGUUUACGAGAACAGCAGGAAAGACAGCGAAUCCAGCUCAUGCAAGAGGUAGACAGACAACGGGCUCUGCAGCAGGGGGUGGGGGUGCCGCCGCAUGGCCCCAUGCGGUCCCAGCUUCCGUUCUACAGCUCCGACCUGCCUUGUGACUUUACCCAGCCUCCACGGCCCCUUCAGCAGUCUCCGCAACACCAACAGCAGAUGGGGCAGAGCAUCCAACAGGGAUCUCUUAAUUCCCCUCCCACCCCAACGUUCAUGCAAACCAAUGAGCGAAGGCAGAUAGGGCCUCCCUCGUUCGUUCCGGACUCGCCGUCAGUUCCUGGCGGAAGCCCCGGCUUCCAUUCUGUUAAGCAGGUACACGGAGGUCUUUCUGGGGCCAGCUUCCAGCAGUCCCCAGCGAGGCCUCCUUUUGCACCUGCUUUACCCGCGGCGCCCGCAGUAGCUAGUGGCAGUCUCCCGUGUGGCCAAGACCCUGCCGCAGCCCACGGACAAAGUCACCCAGGGUCGACCCAGUCGCUUAUUCAAUUGUAUUCUGACAUAAUCCCAGAAGAAAAGGGGAAAAAGAAAAGAACGAGAAAGAAGAAGAAAGACGAUGAUGUGGAAUCCACCAAGGCACCAUCCACUCCCCACUCAGAUAUAACUGCUCCCCCCACCCCGAGUAUCUCAGAAACUACCUCCACACCCACCGUGAACACACCCGGCGAGCUUCCUCAGCAAGGAGAACCCGAGUUGGUGGAACCCGUCUGCCCGUCGACUCCCAACACGGCCGCCGGCCAGCUGUGCGCAGAGUUAGAAAGCAGGCUGCCCCAGAGUGAGUUAGCUCAGGGAGCUCCAAACCAACCGGCUUUCGCGGAGUCGGAGGCGGAAAAGCACUCCGUGGAAACCCCUGCCUCCACAGAAGAGGUGACACUGGAGACCACCGAGCCCCAGCAGUGCCCCGGCCAAGACGGGCCUGACCUGGAGGAACGAGCCAGAAAUAAGGUCGAGGAGAAAGCCGGGGCUGGUCCUGUCUCCUCAGGGCAGAGCCCUCCCCAUCCUGCUGGGGCCCCUGCUGCCAAAGGAGAUUCAGGCAACGAGCUUCUGAAGCAUCUGCUGAAAAAUAAAAAGUCAUCUUCCCUUUUGAGUCAAAAACCUGAAGGCAGCUUUUGUUCAGAAGAUGCGUGUACGAAGGAUAACACAGUGGUUGAGAGGCAGAACCCAGUCGAAGGAUUGCAAACUCUGGGGGCUCAGAUGCAAGGUGGUUUUGGAUGUGGCAGCAACCCCUUGCCAAAAACGGAUGGAGGAAGUGAGACCAAGAAACCACGAAGCAAACGGACUCAGAGGGUGGGGGAGAAGGCCGCACCGCGCUCGAAGAAAAGGCGGAAGGACGAAGAGGAGAAACGCGCCUUGUCCUCUGCCACCGACACCUUUACGCACCUGAAGCAGCAGCUCUCUCUGCUCCCUCUAAUGGAACCAAUCAUUGGAGUGAACUUUGCGCACUUUCUUCCUUAUGGCAGUGGCCAAUUUAAUAGUGGGAACCGACUUCUAGGAACUUUUGGCAGUGCUACCCUUGAAGGGGUUUCGGAUUACUAUUCUCAGUUGAUCUACAAGCAGAAUAAUUUAAGUAAUCCUCCAACACCCCCUGCCUCUCUUCCUCCUACACCACCUCCUAUGGCUUGUCAGAAGAUGGCAAAUGGUUUUGCGACAACUGAAGAACUUGCUGGAAGAGCUGGCGUAUUAAUGAGCCACGAAGUUACCAAAAGUCUAGGACCGAAAGCAUUUCAGCUGCCCUUCAGACCACAAGACGACUUGUUAGCCAGAGCUAUUGCUCAGGGCCCGAAGACCGUCGAUGUGCCAGCCUCACUGCCGACACCGCCUCAUAACAAUCAGGAAGAAUUAAGGAUACAGGAUCACGCUGGUGGUCGGGACACUCCUGACAGUUUCGUUCCGUCGUCCUCUCCCGAGAGUGUGGUUGGGAUGGACGUGAGCAGAUACCCAGAUUUGUCGUCGGUCAAAGAGGAGCCCCCGGAGCCUGUGCCAUCCCCCAUCAUCCCGAUCCUUCCUAGCAGUACUGGCAAAGGUUUGGAAUCUAGAAGGAAUGACAUCAAGACUGAGCCUGGCACUUUAUUUUUCACACCGCCUUUUGGUUCCUCUCCAAACGGUCCCAGAUCGGGUCUUAUAUCUGUGGCAAUCACUCUGCAUCCUACAGCUGCUGAGAACAUUAGCAGCGUCGUGGCUGCGUUUUCCGACCUUCUCCACGUCCGAGUUCCUAACAGCUAUGAGGUCAGUAAUGGUCCAGAUGUUCCAUCCGUGGGUUUGGUCAGUAGCCACAGAGUAAACCCAGGCUUGGAGUGUCGACAGCAUAUAUUUCUUCGUGGGCCUCCGCCAGGACCUGCAAACCCUCCCAGAUCAGCCAGCUCUUACCGGCUGAAGCCGCCCAGCGUGCCGUUCCGUCCAGCGAGCGAUGGUCUUUCUGGAUAUAAGGAUUCCGGUAUCGCAGAAGGCGCGGCCCUCAGACCACAGUGGUGCUGUCACUGUAAAGUGGUUAUUCUUGGAGGCGGCGUGAGGAAGUCUUUCAGAGAUCUGGCCUUCGUGAACAAGGAUUCCCGAGAAAGCUCCCACAGAGUCGAGAAGGACAUUGUCUUCUGUAGUAAUAACUGCUUCGUUCUUUAUGCCUCAUCCACACAAGCAAAAAACUCAGAAAGCAAGGAAUCCGCCCCUCCGUUGCCACAGUCGCCUGUAAGAGAGACGCCUUCCAAAGCGUUUCACCAGUACAGUAACAACAUCUCCGCCUUGGACGUGCACUGCCUCCCGCAGCUCCAGGAAGAAGCUUCUCCCCCCGCGUCACCCCCGAUCACUUUCCCUCCGGCGUUUGAAGCAGCCAAAGUAGAGGCCAAGCCAGACGAGCUUAAGGUGACAGUCAAGUUAAAGCCUCGGCUAAGAACUGUCCACGGGGGGUUUGAAGAUUGUAGGCCGAUUAAUAAAAAGUGGAGAGGGAUGAAAUGGAAGAAGUGGAGCAUCCACAUCGUAAUCCCCAAGGGGACAUUCAAACCCCCUUGUGAGGAUGAAAUCGACGAGUUUCUGAAGAAGCUGGGCACGUCCCUUAAGCCUGACCCUGUGCCCAAAGACUAUCGGAAGUGUUGCUUUUGCCACGAAGAGGGUGAUGGACUGACCGACGGACCGGCGAGACUGCUCAACCUUGACUUGGACGUGUGGGUCCACCUGAACUGUGCGCUGUGGUCCACGGAGGUCUAUGAGACCCAGGCCGGGGCCUUGAUAAACGUGGAGCUGGCGCUGAGGAGGGGCCUGCAGAUGAAGUGCGUCUUCUGCCAUAAAAUGGGCGCCACCAGCGGAUGCCACAGAUUUCGGUGCGCCAACAUUUACCACUUCACUUGCGCCAUUAAAGCACAAUGCAUGUUUUUUAAGGAUAAAACGAUGCUGUGUCCCGUGCACAAACCAAAGGGAAUUCACGAGCAGGAGCUGAGUUACUUCGCGGUCUUCAGACGGGUCUACGUUCAACGCGACGAGGUGCGACAGAUCGCUAGCAUCGUGCAGCGCGGAGAGCGGGACCACACGUUCCGCGUCGGAAGCCUCAUCUUCCACACGAUCGGCCAGCUGCUCCCACAGCAGAUGCAGGCGUUCCAUUCCCCCAAGGCGCUCUUCCCCGUGGGCUAUGAGGCCAGCCGCUUGUACUGGAGCACCCGCUACGCCAACAGGCGCUGCCGCUACCUGUGCUCCAUCGAGGAGAAGGAGGGGCGCCCGGUGUUCGUCAUCCGAAUCGUGGAGCAAGGCCACGAAGACCUGGUCCUGAGCGACUCCUCCCCUAAAGGUGUUUGGGAUAAAAUUUUGGAGCCCGUGGCGUGUGUGAGAAAACAGUCUGAAAUGCUCCAGCUCUUUCCAGCAUAUUUAAAGGGAGAAGACCUGUUUGGCCUAACGGUGUCCGCGGUGGUGCGGAUCGCGGAGUCCCUGCCUGGGGUUGAGGCGUGUGAAAACUACACCUUCCGCUACGGCCGCAACCCUCUCAUGGAGCUUCCUCUUGCCGUUAACCCCACAGGCUGCGCCCGAUCGGAACCUAAAAUGAGUGCCCAUGUCAAGAGGUUUGUGUUAAGACCUCACACCCUGAACAGCACCAGCACCUCCAAGUCCUUUCAGAGCACAGUCACCGGCGAGCUGAACGCGCCCUACAGUAAGCAGUUUGUGCACUCUAAGUCCUCGCAGUACCGGAAGAUGAAGACCGAGUGGAAGUCCAACGUGUACCUGGCCCGGUCCCGCAUCCAGGGGCUGGGCCUGUAUGCUGCCAGAGACAUCGAGAAGCACACCAUGGUCAUCGAGUACAUCGGGACUAUCAUUCGAAAUGAAGUUGCCAACAGAAAGGAGAAGCUGUACGAGUCUCAGAACCGCGGCGUGUACAUGUUCCGCAUGGAUAGUGACCACGUGAUCGACGCGACGCUCACCGGAGGGCCUGCCAGAUACAUCAACCAUUCGUGUGCGCCUAACUGCGUGGCAGAAGUGGUGACUUUUGAGAGGGGACACAAAAUUAUCAUCAGCUCCAACCGGAGGAUCCAGAAGGGAGAGGAGCUGUGCUACGACUACAAGUUCGACUUCGAGGACGACCAGCACAAGAUUCCGUGUCACUGCGGGGCCGUGAACUGCCGGAAGUGGAUGAACUGAACGCAUUCCUCGCCGUUCGGCGGGCGGCUCGUCCCCACGAAGAAGCGAUUCGACGCACCGUUUGGCUUCUGCAGACAGAAAGAGAUGUUCGUUUUCUGUUGUGUGACUUCUUGAAGCGAGCUUCUGGGAGUCCCGGCUCCUCGGCCCCGGGCGGGAGCCGCCGGGACGGCCCGGAACGGCCCAGCACUUUUGUUUUCUGCUUUCUCUUUCCUUCCUCCUUCUUUCCGCGGGUGGGUUUUGUCGUGUUUCGUUUCGUUCUCGAGUCUCACCGAGGAGAAACUUCUACUGGGGCGGAGAGCCGCGGCUGCCGGGCCCCAGGGUGGGGGCUUCCUAUGAAUGUAAGACUGAGAUCACCAGCGAAAGGGAGAUACGUCCAAAGUGCUGGCCACGGCCUUAUCUGAAAAAGGGGCAGGCCCUCUAACUUAAAAGUUUUUUAAAAUAAAGUAGACACCACUGAACAAGGAAUGUACUGCAACGACUUCCUUAGGGACGGAGCUAAGGGGCGAUAACUUGCACUAAAACACGUUUAAAUACUUGAUUCCAUGAGUCAGUUUAUUGUAGUUUUUGAUUUCUGUAAAAUAAGAGAAACUUUUUGUAUUUAUUAUUGAAUAAGUGAAUGAAGCUAUUUUUAAAUAAAAGUUAGAAGAAAGCCAAGCUGCUGCUGUUACCUGCAGAACUAACAAACUCUGUUACUUUGUACAAAUAUGUAAAUAUUUUGAGAAGAAAAAAAAUACAGUAUAAAAAUAGUAUUGACCAAAUGCUACCAGGCUCCGCAGCAGCUCGGGUGCUUAUAAAACGUUCACGGGGAUGUUACAAUACAACUUUGUGUUGUUAAAUAUGCCAUUAUAAUUCUGUAAUAACCAAAACUUCAACCUAGAGUAUUUGGGGUUUUUUGGAAACUACGGUCUGUUAGUACUUAAUUGUUUUAUACACCUUCCGAUAGAACGGAGUGUGGGCUGUGACUCCGCCUUUUAUAGCUGUUUUGGUAAUUUAAACUAAUGUUUUCAUAUUCUAUUGUUGCAUCCCUACUUCUUCAGGUUUUUUUGUGCUUACGAUUUGUGAUAACUGUGAAUAAUAACUGCUUCAAGAUACACCCAAAUGGAGGCUGAACUUUUCUUCAGCAAAAGUAGUUUUGAUUAGAACUUUGUUUCAAGCCACAGAGAAUCAUGUAAACGUCUUAGAUCAUGUAGCAGGGCUCCAGUCUAACUCUCUAGCCUUCUAUUUAACACAAACAUUUGAAAAGGAAAAAAAGAGAAAAAAAAAAAAAAAAAAAAAAAAAGAGAGAGAUUUGAUCAGUCGUGGCUGCAGGACCCGGGCCGAUAGGGUUUUGGAAGAUGUAAUUUUAAAAUGUGUUUGUAUGAACUGUUUGUUUACAUUUCUUUAAUAAAAAAAAAAAAAACACACACACACACUGUUUUGUGUUUGCUUGUAGAAACUUAAUCAGCAUUUUGAACCAGGUUAGCUUUUUAUUUUGUACUUAAGAUUCUGGUACGGACACUUCACAGGCUGAGCAUAAAUGAAGUUUCUGUGUGCACAAUUCAAGUGAGCUGUGAACUGUCGGUCUAUCAGUGACGCAGUUCGGAACUUGUAAUGUAUAUGGCAUGAUGUAUUUUUAUCUUACGGAAUAAAUCAAUUGUAUAUAUUUUUCUCUUGAUAAAUAGCUGUAUGAAAUUUGUUUCUUGAAUAUUUUUCUUCUCUUGUACAAUAUCCUGACAUCCUACCAGUAUUUGUCCUACCGGGUUUUUGUUUUCUGUUCUGUAUAAUAGUACCUAAUGUUGGCAAAAAUUGAAUUUUUUGAAGUAUACAGAGUGUUAUGGGUUUUGGAAUUUGUGGACACAGAUUUAGAAGAUCACCAUUUACAAAUAAAAUAUUUUACAUCUAUAAAA